AUGGUAGAAAAGGAAACCUCGAUGUUGAAAUAUCUGGACAAACUUGAAUUUGACAGCGCCCCAUCAAUAUCUUUAAAACAGUUUCACUUUACAGGUACCAAAGAUUUAAUGGAAUCUGUAGAGGACGUAAAAACUGAACUACGGAACGCAAUAUGUUUACCGGAAACAUCGCUGGUCUCAGAAGUGAUUGUUCGCACUCGAGGUCUUCCGUGGCAGGCAACCGAUCGUGAUAUAGCACAAUUUUUCAUCGGAUUGAAUAUUGCCCCGUGA